AUGUCGGGACGUGGCAAAGGUGGUGGCAAGGUGAAGGGAAAAUCCAAGACUCGCUCGACUCGGGCUGGACUCCAGUUCCCCGUAGGACGUAUCCACCGUCUUCUGCGUAAAGGCAACUACGCCGAACGAGUGGGUGCCGGUGCGCCUGUAUACUUGGCCGCCGUCAUGGAGUACUUGGCCGCUGAGGUUCUCGAGUUGGCUGGUAACGCAGCUCGUGACAAUAAGAAGACCAGAAUCAUCCCCCGUCACCUUCAGUUAGCCAUCCGCAAUGACGAAGAAUUAAACAAGCUGCUCUCCGGAGCAUUAAAUUAUUAUUAUUAUUAUUAUUUUUUACGUUUUUGUCGUCGAGCUCGUGUGAGCCUCAUCGGCGACAUUCCUGCACGAGUCCAUUAA